AAAAGCAAAAAGUUCUUGCUGCGCCCUGAGCAAGCACUUAGUGAGAGCCAGAGGUGAACGUCAUGGGAGGUCAUCACGCCUGUUGGGCUCCUUCCUGCAUCAGUCCAUGCUAGCAACUGCAAAAGGUGGGGGGUUAUUCAAGAGUGGGGCAGAGAACAUGAUGAAGAAAAUUAAGACAACGAUGAAUAACGUGGCGGCAAGCCUGUCAAACAGCCACCACCAACGCAGCCAUCACGCAAGCAGCGGUUCGAAUCCUUGUGCAUCCACUAUUGCACCACCGAGCCCUUCUUUGCCAGGGAAAUAUCCUUAUUCACGACCUGAGUUUUUAGAACUGACACCUCCGGAAUUGCAGCGCUCAAUGGAUCAUAAUAAUAGGGAAAUACUCAGCAACCGGGGCAGGAGGAGAUUGCCUUUGAACACGGGAUAUGCAGAAGUAAUCAAUUCAGGAAAGAGUACCUACAAUGAAGAUCAGGCAAACUAUGAAGUAGUCGUCAUUACAAAGAAAAACAACAAAACUCCAAGCCAUAAUGAACCACUUAUCGACGAUGUUAACAACUCAGACAAACAAGCGUCACUGAGUAUGAGCAAUAUGUCCUUCAAUUAUUGGGGACUGUUUGAUGGACAUGCUGGAACAGACGCAGCUAUCAUGGCAUCAAAGCUUCUCCAUUUCCAUAUUUGUGAACAACUGAGAGAAAUUGCAGACAUCUUAGCAAACCCAUCUUUCAUCCCACCCAUUUGCCUAGACAAUGACAUAAAAAGUGCUCCAGCUGAACAAAACAGAGAAGAACCUUUGGAAAAAGACUUGCAGACACCAAAUGACACGAUGAAUCGAUUUCAUCUUGAAAAGGAAGUCUCUCAGGAAAAUAUAGUGAUUGGUGCAAUAGAGACUGCUUUUAGAAAAAUGGAUGAACAAAUUGCAAAGGAAAAAUCAUCUUACACUAUUGUGGGUGGGUGCUGUGCAUUAGCAGUUAUUCACUUCCACAGAAAACUAUAUGUAGCAAAUGCUGGUGACAGCAGAGCUAUUAUACUUCGAAACAGAGAAAUCAUUCCCAUGUCCAAUGAAUUUACUCCUGAAACAGAAAGGCAGAGACUGCAGUAUUUAGGCAAGUUAAAGCCAGAACUUCUUGGAAAUGAGUUUACUGCUCUUGAAUUUCCCAGAAGGAUCCAACACAAAGAAGUGGGCAAAAAAAUGCUAUAUAGGGACCAUUCCAUGAUGGGCUGGGCAUAUAAAACAAUAGAGGAAGAUGACCUGAAGUUUCCACUGGUGUAUGGGGAAGGCAAAAAGGCCCGAGUGAUGGCUACAAUAGGAGUCACCCGGGGCUUUGGUGACCAUGAUCUGAAGGUGUAUAGCUCCAAUAUCUACAUUAAGCCCUUUUUGUCCUGCUGUCCUGAAGUAAAGGUGUAUGACUUAAUGCAGUAUGAGCACUGUCCAGAUGACGUCAUGGUAGUGGGUACUGAUGGACUAUGGGAUGUCAUAAGCAACAAGGAGGUAGCCAAUGCAGUUUUAAAUGUCUUUGCAGCUUACAAGCCAGAUGACCCAAGCAGGUAUAUUGUAGCUGCUGAAGACUUGAUACUAAGAGCCCGAGGUGUGCUAAAAGAACAAAGCUGGAGACUUGCGAGCAAUAAACUGGGGUCUGGAGAUGACAUUUCAGUCUUUGUCAUCCCACUUUACUCUCUAAGUAAUUGUACAUGAUGACCAGGAUUUGGGUUGUGACAGAAUAAUAAAAUCCUGGCGAACUUUAUGCAGCUCAUCCAGUCAAAGAAGAACUGCUGUCUGGGACUGUUUAACUCCAAAUGAUGCAGAUGGUCUGUAAAAAGAGUCCAGGUAACAUUUCAGCAACAGACAGACAGAAUAACAGUAGUCAAAGAUCCAGCCACUUCAGGAAUAUCAUUCCAGACAGAAUACAGAACAACCCUGUCCAAAGCCAAAGGAGCACCAGGUGCAAUGACGUUUACAUGCUCUCACUGUGCACUUUUGUUCACCAUGGGAAACUGUUUAUAAUGGAUGUGCCACUACAAAAAAAAAAAAAAAACAGAACAAGUCUGAUGUAGUGGUGGUACUUUGACAAAACAAGGUUAUCUUCCAUACCAAAGAGCCAUUUUGUUAUAAUUACAACACAGAGAUGUAAAACGGAAUUGUAAAUCGAAACUAAAUUGAGCAAUAUUUCAUUACCAGGGACACUAAAGCUGAUAACUGCUGUAUGAAAAACAAAACUGUUUUUUCCUUUUUUAUUAGCUACCUUCUGCAUUAGAAAACCUGGAGUUUUGUUAACAAGUUUCAUGGCAUACUGUUUAUAUCUCAUUUCCUCAUAAAUUUGUUUACUUCGUGCUAUUUAAAAUAAAAUAUUUAUUUGAACUAAAA